AUGGAUAGCCAAUCAAACACUACGAACCAAACGGCAUAUACUAUGGUUAAUGACUAUGGAAGGCAAGCUGCAACCACGAUUCAAAAUUGUGGUAAUCAAUUGUUGGGCAGUGGAAGAGAUUAUCUGCAAAAUUCCCACUUUAUAGGAGAAGGGCCCAAACCAUUAAGAGCAUUGUGUUUUGUUGGUGGCAUUUUCCUUUCUCUUGCUUCACUACUUGGAAUCUUUAGUGUAAGUCAAUUAUUUUUAUCCCCAGGAAGCUAUUUGUUUGAAGCUGUCUUGUUUGGACUUGGUAUUGUAGUAAUGAUUGUCGAAUCAAAAGAUAUUGAGAAGUUGAAACCCUUCAGAGACUUUUGUCUGGAAUGGGCAAAAUUUCUGACGGUUCCAGCAGGUAAGGGCACCCUUUACUUGCUCUCUGGUGUAUUGGCUAUGUCUAUCUUUAGAAUAAAUUUUUUGGAGUUGUUUGCAGGCACUUACAUGACAUUCUUGGGAGUAAUUUGUAUCAUGGUCCAGUUUGGCUGCAGAAAUCAACUUCAGGCAGCUGGUAUUUCAAUAGAUUCAACUAGUUCUUUUUCUAGGGAAAAUACGAAUGAAAGAUUUAACAGACUAGCCUAA